AUGUCCGAACAGCAGCAUCCUCUGCCCAAACUCAAAGAGAAGAGGGCCUCAAGCACGAUAUCAAAUGACUCACCCGCAGCUUCUCUCCCCGAAGCCCACAUUCAUAUCCCCUCGUUAGCAAAGGUCAUGAGAGAGCCGAAGAAAGAUGUACACUGGAAUACUGCGGAUUUGGGAUUGCGACUGGGCGCGGACUUCAUUCCUGCUGCAAGUGCUGCCGUCUUGGUUGCACCAAUCAUAACCGUAAUAGACCGGUAG